AUGCUACAACUGUUGUUGUGUGAUGCUAUAGGUAUCCUGGGCACUAAGGAGUACAGGAAGCCUGAGUGGGUUACACACAUGGAGGAGAUGAAGACCCAGCUACAAGGUAAAGAGCGCACAUUGUCAUUGGACAGUCUAGAGCAUGUGGUUGUGCGAGAGUGUGAUAACACGUACGAGGACGAGGAAGAGAUGGAACCGUCACUCCCAGGAGGGAGUUUCUACCUACUCCCUCCCAUCACAGAGCUCAGUGAACCCUCUAGCAGUGAGUCGGAGCGGCAGAUGUCCUCGUCGUGUCAGAACUUGGCCACGUUCACCGCGGAGUUCCCCAGGGCUAGGUCGCAGUCGUUCCCUCGAGCCACGCUCUCCCGCCCGGCUCACCACUCAAUGUUCCCCUUCCCCCUGGAGCCCCGGGAGCUGGACCCGGACACGUUUCAUCAGCUGCAUACGGCUGACAGUUGUGAAGAACUGCAGGAGUUCCUGUUGCUGGAGAGUCAAUGCAUGUCUGUUGAUACUGGCCUUGCGCAUGCCUUCCUCUCAGACCAAUGACCAGCAGUCUUCACCCAACUACCAAAGAAACAUUUUCUAGUCAUAUUAUUUAAGGUG